AUGAAUGCCGUUGUUUCUUCGUCUGCUGCUUCUAAGGCGAUUGCCAGCAGCAUCUCACCUACACACACACUGCAUGCACAGCAGCAGCAACAGCAGCAGCAGCAGCAGCAGCAGCAGCAGCAGCAGAUGGAAGAGCAGAAGAAGGAGCAGCAGCAGCAGCAGCAGCAGCAACAAAAGGAGAGGCAGGAGAUCAGCAGCAGCAGCAGCAGCAGCAGCAGCAGCAGAUGGAAGAGCAGAAGAAGGAGCAGCAGCAGCAGCAACAGGAGAGGCAGGAAACGCAACAGAAGCAGCAGCAGCAAAAGGAGAAAGAGCAGCAGCAAAGAAAAAUCAGCAAAAGCAACAGCAGCAGCAGCAGCAGCAGCAACAGCAGGAGCAGCAGCAGCAGCAGCAGCAGGUGUACGUACAGCCGACGAGGCCGAGUAG